CGGCGACGCUGCGGUUCCCGGCGUGCUUGGCGCGGCGGCGGCCGUGGAGUCAAGAUGGCGGACUUGGAGGAUCGGGUGUCGGAUGAGGAGAAGGUGCGUAUUGCAGCAAAAUUUAUCACUCAUGCACCCCCAGGAGAAUUUAAUGAAGUGUUUAAUGAUGUGCGGUUACUGCUUAACAAUGACAAUCUUCUCAGGGAAGGGGCAGCACAUGCAUUUGCGCAGUACAACAUGGAUCAGUUCACUCCAGUGAAGAUAGAGGGGUAUGAUGACCAGGUUUUGAUUACAGAACACGGUGAUCUGGGCAACGGUAGAUUUUUAGACCCAAGGAACAAGCUUUCCUUUAAGUUUGAUCAUCUAAGAAAGGAAGCUAGUGAUCCCCAGCCUGAGGACACAGAAACAGCUUUAAAGUCUUGGAGAGAUGCCUGUGACAACGCAUUGAGGGCAUACGUGAAAGACCAUUACCCCAGUGGCUUUUGUACUGUUUAUGGCAAAAUUAUAGAUGGGCAGCAAACAGUUAUUGCCUGUAUUGAAAGCCACCAGUUUCAGCCCAAAAACUUUUGGAAUGGUCGUUGGAGGUCAGAAUGGAAGUUUACCAUCACUCCACCCACAGCUCAGGUUGCUGCAGUGCUGAAGAUUCAGGUUCACUACUAUGAAGAUGGCAACGUGCAGCUGGUUAGUCAUAAAGACAUCCAGGACUCGGUACCGAUUUCGAACGAUGUCCAAACAGCCAAGGAAUUUAUUAAAGUCAUAGAACAUGCGGAAAACGAGUACCAGACGGCGAUCAGUGAAAACUACCAGACUAUGUCAGACACCACAUUCAAAGCCUUACGUCGGCAGCUCCCGGUCACUCGCACCAAGAUCGACUGGAACAAAAUCCUUAGCUACAAGAUUGGCAAAGAAAUGCAAAAUGCUUAAGGCAAAAAGGAGGAGAUGUAUGAAAUGUUAGCGUGCAAAAAACAAAUGUGGUCUUAUGCCAAGUAGGCGGUUUCUAAACCAGUGCAGCAUCUUGCUAGGGCUUUCAAAGUUAACAGGUUUUCUAGCCUCACAGAGAACUGUUGAACAAAUAGCAUUGUCUUUGUGUUUUUAUGUUCCCUGCCAUAUAAACUCCCUGCUCUGACUGCAUUUACUGGUAGGUCUUUUGAAUUAAGCCACAUUAAUAGUUCAGUGAUGUAGCUCUGGUCUGGAGUCGUUGUAAUUGUUCUGGUUGGAAAAUUUCCUAGCCCUGAAAGCCCUUCUAUAAAAUGCAGGCAGAGGGUAUUGGGAGCACUUUCUCUGCACCCUUACAUGGUGCUCUUGUCAGUUUGUCCGCUCUGCCAACAGCUCAUGGCACUAUGCUGCGAGAUGCAACAAACCACAAGACACAACACAUCCUGCCACUAGCUCUGCAAAGCAGCAGGCCUCCAGGUUUAGGGGGUAGUAUUUGGAAUGAAUUUGCAAGCCCCCACGCCGCAGUCCCAAGGAGGCCAAAUCUUCUUGAGAAAGUGAGUUUGGUUUUUUUAUCCAAAGACUUGAGCCACAUUGUCACUUCUUUCUUUUCUUGGACAUAUGGUGAACAGACAUCUGCAUUUUUACACAACGCUUCAUCCAGGUCCAAGUUGGAUCACUGCUGAUCCAUUUAGUCUGGACCAAGACUGAUAU